AUGCCCAAGAGGACAUAUAUUUCUAAAGAUGAAAAAGUUGCACCUGGUUUCAAGGUAUCAAAAGACCGUGUAACAUUACUUAUGUGCAGUAAUGCUUCAGGCGAUUACAUGGUAAAACCUAUGCUGGUUUAUAAAUCUCUCAAUCCUCGUGCAAUGAAAAACCUAAAUAAGAGUAAUUUUCCUGUAUACUGGGCAGCAAAUAAAAAAGCUUGGGUGACUACUGAAUUAUUUAUAAAAUGGUUUUUAAACUGUUUUGUACCAAGUAAACUACUUAAAACAGAAAACUACUUAAAACAGAAAAAUUUAGAUUUUAAAGUUCUACUUAUAUUGGAUAAUGCGCCCAGCCAUCCACAAGAUUUAAAUCACCCAAAUAUCAAAAUAACUUUUUUACCUCCAAAAACAACUGCUUUACUUCAACCAUUAGAUCAGGGAAUUAUAGCUACAUUUAAAACCAAUUAUAUAAGAUCAUUACAAUGGAUUUUGAAUAAAAUCGAUGAUGAAUCUAUGGACGUUAAGGAGGCGUGGAAACUCUUCACAAUUUUGGACUGCAUUAACCUAAUAAACUAA